GGCUGGCUUUGGUUGGGUACCGCGCGGUCCGCGCGGUUCGGGCGUCGCGUCGCUGGCCGUCCCGACGACGACGGCGAUCGCUUCUACCAACUACAUACACAUCGCUUCCAGCACCUACUUACACUUGGAGUCGCCGUAUUAAACAUUUAGUAAGCGCGCAACCGUCGAGAAGUGCACAUGAACGGAAUGUGUAGUCAAAGAGGAGAAAACUUAAGCCAGUGUUGCGAAGAAGUAUUUCGAGUCGAGACACGGACGUUUCUCCAACAACAAUAGUAAUAAAAAUUAGAAAAAAAAGUUAAAAGUUGAAGAUCAAUUGUUCGUUUUUCAAGUGUUUCAAUUGUUUCAAUCGUGCAGCGACACAACAACAAUAAAAACUGAAAGUGUUUUAUUACAACAGUUUAGUUUUUGUUUCUUGAAACAAUUGGCGAUCGAAAAAAAAAAAAAUAAUUGUUGUUAAACAUGUCAGUGUGCAGUAAGAGAAAGUUUGCAGUGGAAGCUGCCGCUGCUCGAACGCUACCAUUUGGUGACGGACUAUUAAGGAAUUAAAUACACAACAAAGAAUUUCAUUUCAAGAACGUUAAAAAUUAGAUGUAAUAUCCCAUGGCAACGGAUCAACAUUGGGCAGUAACGGUGGGCUUGGUAUCGUCUUCAGUAAUCGCCGUCACAGCCAAUUUGAUCCUGCUCCUCGUCUUCUGUAGGAGAAGGGGACUGAGAUCGAUUUCCAACAGGUUCGUUAUCAAUCUUCUCUUCACGAAUCUUCUGUCCAGCGUGUUCCUGAUUCCGUUGUUGUUGAUAGACCAGAAAUUGGACAAUGGAGAAAGAACUUCCUCUAUGGUUCAUCACGAUUUCGGUUUUUCCAACAACGGGACCGGCACGUUGAUAAUCCAGGACAAAGAAGAGGAACUGAUAGUGGACGCGGACUUCCUCAAGGAUGUGGAAGAGGACGAAGGUGUUGUGAGCAUAGCCACAACGAUAACUGCUACAAACCAAAGCGAAACUGAUAGUGAUAUAGUUACUACUGAUAGUUUAAGUGAACAAAACGAAAGGAAUGCUAGUGAUAUUAGAAACCAAAGCUGGCGCACGGUGUUGUGCUACUUAGCUCAAAGUUCAACCAGUCUGGUAUGUACCGCGUCGAUCCUGAGCAUCCUACUGAUCGCCAUAGAUCAAUACUUCGCUGUGAUCCAUUCGUUGCGGUAUCACUCGUACAUCAACAAGUUCCGAUCAGGAAUUUUGAUAGCGUCCAGUUGGCUGGUGUCCGCGAUCUUCGCCGUACUGGGAGCCCUGACUGGAAACGAAUCAAACAUCUGGCGUUUCUGCAUCAGUCACCAAACCCAAUCGACGCUAAACCACGAUACCAAAACAGAAUUGAAGAUCAUCAACUCGCUUUACGCCUUCUCCUACUGCAUUUUCGUGAUCGUGGUGCCGUUUCUUGCCAUCUGUAUGAUCUACAUCUGCAUCUAUACGGCAGCCCACCAGAACAGCGAGAGGAUGCGUCGGUCGACGUCUGGAACGGCGUCCAUCUUGGACUCGUACAUGCAGAUCACCCAUAACAACAAAGUGCCCAGUGAUACCGGUUUGAACAUGAGGAGAAACUCUCACGAAAAAGAGAAACCGGUCGUCGAACAGACUCUUCCGAAAGUUCGUUCCGCGCCCAACUUCACCGUGUUUCAGGAACAAGACGAUCAUCUGAUGAAAAAGCAGGAGUUGGUGCCCACGUUGGUGGUGACGCACGCGAAAGUGACCCGGACUAGCAGUGAACGCCAUAACUUUAUCAGUUCUCUAAAGUACAAAAUAUCGAACGCGUCCCUCUUCAAGUACAGGGAGGAAACGCGUGCCGCCAAAAUAAGCGUUUUGGUCGUUUUCAUGGUUUUCGUGUGCUACAUCCCGUACGGAAUAUCGAUUGUUUUGAACAGUAGUGUGAUAAACGUGAGAUCGCCGAGGACUUACAACUACCUCUGCCUGAUCCUUCUCAUUCUUUCCAACAUCAUCUCGCCAUUCCUGUUCGCCUAUCGCAACAAAAGAAUCCAACGCGAACUGAAAAAGUUCUUCAAGAUCUCCAAGCCGAAGACCAAAAUAGACAUCCUGAAGGACACGUUGAAGCGUAGCAGCUUGAAGCGCUCGUCCAUCUUGAGCUUCCGCCAGAACAGGAACAACCUGGACGACAUAUGCGAGGACAACGAGAACAAGACGUUUCUCCAAGGGGGCGGCGUGGUGCCCGAGGUGGUGGUGACGUGCAAGAUCGAGAGUGAAAAAAACGAAAGACGUAGCAUCCUGAAGAGGGUUUGUAGCGGGCAAAACUGGACGGGAUGCAAGAAAUGCACAUUCAUCACAUUGCCCGAAAGUUGUCUCGGAACCGAGAGCGCUAGGGGUAGUUUCUCGAGCACCAGCACGCAAAUGUCGUCUGAAGAAUGAAAAAUACUUAACGCGCUGGCCAUAACUAAUAACAUUUGGCGUUUCAAAGCGGCCACAGCACAAUGCGAUUGUGGACAGGUCAUCAAUGCAAUGUUCAUACCGGAAACUGAACCAAUUCCAUAAUUUUUUGUCGAUAUCCAAAGCUCUCUAAUACGAUCAAAAUCGAAGUAGCAAUUUACAUGGGAGAUUAUGUUAUGUUUUCUCGUCUGCGAAACCCGGAAAAAUCAUUCUUUAGGGGUGGGAAUAUGGUAAAAAUUUAGGGACGAAAAAAAUGACAAAAUAUCAUUCUGUAUUAAUAUUCACUUUUGGUGUACCAUCCUCGCGAAACCGUAAACCUAUUCCUUACUUGGUUGUUGUUAUUAUUUUUGACACACCCCCGUAAAACAUCAGGGUGUUGCCAUUGCAACGGUUACAGAAGCGUCGUCUGUGUACACUAAAGCCUAGGGAGACAGACGCAGACUUGCAAUUUAUUUAUCAUUCGCGCUUAAAUGUUACGUUAUGGUCAGCGAAUUUAAUGAUAAGGCACACGAAUAAAAACAAAUCCUGCUAACGUGCGAUAUUAAACAAUGAAUGAAAACGAAGCCACAAUUUUUCUUCCAAGUGUAUUUCAUCUCCUAAUUAGUUUAAAACGUCUUCGUGCACUUGGGGCACUCUACAACAACGUGACUGUUGUACUAACAAACGAAUAAUAAAUUUAUAUUUAUUACGGUAACAUGUAUUACAAUAAUAGGAUUUUUUAAUAAUAAUAAUAAUUAAGUGAAUUUAUUAUGGGUGUAUUAGAAAAUGACCAUGUUCAACCAAAACAAUUGAGAUGUGAUAGAAUUGUAUUUAAUGCGUUUGUAAGGUGUAAAAAUUGAUUAUUAUUAAUUAAUAACAAUUAAGGUAUUACUUCAAUUAGUCCUGACAGUGACUAUGUGAUCGAUUAUGAUACCUACCUACUUAAUAUGUGUAUAGAUGUACAGAUAUCAAUUUAUGAACAAAAAAGAACUGAUUUUAUUAACUAUAGGUAUUAAUUAAUUUAUUUUUGUAUUUAACUGAAAC